UUUGAAGAUUCUCGUAUAAAAAGCCGAGUUACUCUUCUCGUUCAUCAGUUACAUUUCAAACAAUAACAACAAUGUUCUCAAAGAUCGCCCUCCUCGCCCUGUUGGUGGCGUCAGUUAGCGCCAGCGGUGGCUUUUCCAGCUUCUCCUACGGAGUUUCUGACCCUAACACCGGUGACAUCAAGGACCAGAGUGAAAAGCGUGUCGGGGGCAACGUCGUCGGAAAAUACUCCCUAUUGGAAUCCGAUGGUACCAAGCGCGUGGUCGAGUACUCCGCUGAUGACGCCACUGGAUUCAAAGCCGUUGUACAUAAGGAACCAGCAGUAGGUGCUGGUGCGAUUGGUGCUCCUCUUGGUGGUGCCCUAGCCCACAACGGUCUUGCCGCGAACUCCUUGGCCCAUGGUGCUCCUCUGACUUCUGGACUUUUGGCUGGUGCUCACGCCAACCCUUGGGCUGCUGGAGCUGUUCCUGUCGCUGGAGCUCUUAACGGUCCUUUGGCUCAUGGUGCCAUCAACCCUCUGGCAUACGUUAACGCUGCUGGUGUCUACGGUCAGGGAGGUCUCUAUGGCCAAGCUGGCCAUGCCGGUCUUUAUGGCGGUUACGGCAAUCCCUUGGCUAGCUCUCUCGGCGCUGCUGGUCAUGGUGCCCCCAUUGUCUCCUCUUAUUCCCACCGCAUCGUACACAACGGUCCCGACUCCCGCCCCUACGCUGGAGCCUACGGAGGAUACGGCGCGUACGGUCAUGGUUACGGCGCCCACGGAGCUGGCCUGGCUGGCGCUCACUUGGCGGGAGCUCCUUUAGCCGGUGCUCACGCUAACCCCUGGGCUAACGCUGCUCCUCUCGCCGGAGCUACUCUGGGUCACGCUAACCCCUGGGCUAACGCCGCCUCCCUCGCCGGAGCUGGUCUAGGUCACGCCAAUCCCUGGGCUAACGGAGCGGCUCUCACCCACGGUGGUGUCGGUGCCUACGGCGCUCGCGGUCUCGGAUACGGAUCUCAGUUGGGAUGGUAAUUAUAAUAAUGGAACUGAUCGGACCCGUAGAAAUAAAUAAUUUAUUAAUUUGUAUCUCUCCGGCACGUUACAAUAAUCCUACUGCGUAGGAUGUAUUGCUAUCUAAAUUGUAUUAAUCUUUAACGAAAAAUAAAAAAAAAAACAUGAUUUAUGAUCCAAUAAAAUGUAUUAGAAGUAAAAAA